CUCAGAGCUGCUGCUGCUGCUGCCGGAUCAUUCCCUCCUCUCGAGGUGAUUCGGGGUUGAAUGCCUGGCGGGGAGGUUCGUGGAUUCCUUUUCUUUUUUUCUCCACGUUGUUCUGUGGUGAACUUGUGCGGUGUAGCGCUGCACACUGCGGGGUCUGGACGCGGGCUCUGGUGGGGGGGCUUCUCGCGCUGGGUCUGCUCACUGGAGCAUUGCGCACCGCACACACACACACACACACACACUCUCUCUCUCUCACACACACACACACUCACACCACUUUUGUCUUUCCAGCGGCUUGUUUUUAAGCGGAAUGAACACCGAAACACAGCUCGAGACGGCGGGACUCGAGCGGUCUCGCGCGUAACGCGGACGGAUUUCGAUGGAAUGUUCGAGGUUUUUGAGGCUGAUUGCGCAAAAAAACGUCUGAUGGGAAAACGUGGCGCUUGAGGACGUGCUCACCAAGCUUCAUGCUCUCAGCUCAGGGGACCAUCCAAUGUUGUUGUCCCCCACCGAGCAGGUCUGUCCACAUAGUGGCCCUGGGCAGCGAGUGUCCCGGGGGAGUGGGGUCCGGAGAGGAGCCCGCCGCUCCAGCACAGGUGCAAGGAGGACUGCUUUGGAGCUACCUGGGCCAUGGAGCCAGAGAGCUGGACCCUACGUCCACCACUCCUUCCAGACACCCGCUGAACCCAGCCUUCAUGGAGUACCAGUCUAGGGUGUUCGGGGAUGUCCGAGUGAUGGUGCGUGACUGCCCCAGCUGGGACUUGUUGGACAGUGACUGGGCCAGCGUGCGGAGUGUUUUGGAGCAAGCCGAUAUCGUGGUCAUUAAGUAUUCCGUAAACGACAAACUGGCCUUCCAGCAGGUUCGAAAUGGCUACGCCCCCCGACUCCGCCCACUCCUGCGCCAUUGGGGCAUGCCUGUCAUUCUGGUGGCGGUCGGGGCACGGCUUAACGAUGAAGGACCGCCGUGCACAUGCCCCCUGUGUGCGUCCGACUGGAGCACUUGUGUUCCGCAUGGAGAGGGGCUCCAGCUAUCCCGGGACUUGGGUGCUACCUACCUGGAGUUACCUUCGCUCAAUAACUUCUUUGUCGGCCGCUACUUCGGCAGUGUGCUUGAAUACUUCAUGAUUCAGUGUCUGAAGCAGAAAGCCAAAGAGAGACCUGACAAGAGGCGGGGUCCCCGGUUUAAUGAGCCCCGCCCUCCACAUCUGGACCAACCAGCGCGUCUUCCUCCAGUGCGAGUGGAGGAGUCCAGCUUCUCUCAGGACCUGCAGUGGCUGCUGGAGCGUGGCGCGCAGUUUGCUGAUGUGGUCUUUUAUGCCGGGGAUUCUGGGAAGGAACUGGGAUGGGCGCACGCAGCUGUUUUGAGCGCCGUUAGCCCCUAUUUCAAACAACUGCUGGUGGGAAGGCAGGCGUGGGAGCGGCCCAUGUCACGAUGCGCCUGCAGGGAGAGAGACAGCCCGCACUCUCUGCUGUCCACGUGGGAUGGCGGUUUGGACGACUUGACUCGGACAGACGGACACCUACCUGGGCAACUGUCCCGGCUUGUGGUGAAGGACCCGCUGCUGUGCAUAUGCAUGUGGGAGACGCUGAUGUUUCUCUACAGAGGGGCCUGGGAGUGGGAGUUUCUGGAGGAGGCUUUGACUGAGAAGCUCAAGAACCCUUUAGCCGUGGCCCAGCUGUUGGAUCGAAUACGCUCAUUUGUUGGGAGAGAAAAGACCCUUAGGGACGCGGCCGCUUCGCGCUCUCAUUCUGGUCCUCAAACACUGGGAAACAUCUUCAACUCCCCUCUGUACUCUGAUGUCAUUUUUAUGGUGCAAGGCAACGUCCUGCCCGCACACAGAGCCGUGCUUGUCGCUCGGUGUGAUGUCAUGGCAGCCAUGUUCAGCGGCAAGUACGCAGAAGCACGGAGCAGAGUAGUACCCAUACACGGGGUCUCCUCCGACACAUUCCUCGCCUUCCUGGAAUACCUCUACACAGACACCUGCUGUCCAGCCAGUGUGUUGCAGGCUAUGGCGGUACUCGUCUGUGCAGAGAUGUACCAAGUGAAGCGUCUGCAGCACCUCUGUGAGGUGUGCGUGUGUGCGUAUUUGCAGAGCAUGCCCAGCCGGGAGCUGGCAUCCACCAGCAUCAGUGUGAUCUGGUUACUGAGAAGAGCAAAGUGUCACAAUGCUGACCAGCUGUAUGUCUGGCUCCUCCACUUCAUUGCCAAUAACUACCUGAUCUUCAGCCACAAACCUGACUUCCUGGAGCUAUCAGAGGAGGAGCGGGACCAGGUGGAACGACUGCGCUGGCCCUCCAGAGGCUACCUGCAGGAGCUCAGCGAGUACCAGCAACGCAGACGGCAGCUGCGCAAGUCCCGCUGCAGCAUCAUGUGACAUCCCGGAACCUGCGCAUCGCAAAAACAAGGACAAAAAACAAAAAAUAAAGGAACAAAGAUGAGUCCCGGACAUGAAAUAUGCAGGUGGCGCGAUUCUGCCAGACAGCUGGAUUGUGGCUUUAAAAACUUUGACCUUUGAUUCUGUGUCAUACAGUCAUGUGAUCUCAGAGACCCUGAGUGGACACUGUGGCCACAGAUGUACUGUGCUUUUCUUGGUGCCCUGUGACACGGAUCUGGCUUUGUGUACACACAGAUAAACUGUUCCUCCAAAAAGGAGACUAUUUACUAACUGCUGUUAGUAUUGACUGCUGUUUUGAAAUGACACUGGACGUCAAGGAGGAUCUAAAGCUUGGAAGCAGAAUAUAGAGCCGAAAUCAUGCCAUUAGAAGUUUCCGUUUGAACAAAUAUUAAAAACGGUUCAAUUCGGGGAUGGAGUGUGAUUACUGAGGUUUUUAAAGAAAAUAAAUGUCAUGACCGAGGAAUGACACGACCGAUGCUACUCACACUGAGUGAGCUACUCUCACUGACAGCGAGUGCUUUCGAUAUCAGAUUAUGUCAGUACACGUAAACGAGUUGGAUGGCACAUUCAGUUACUCAUUAGCAGCCUGUCCCCUGUAUCGUACAUCUUGUCUAGCGUUACGUAAAAACUCUUUUUCAGACUGGGACUACAAGGUGGGCUUACACCAGUUUAUUACAGGACAUCACACAGACAUUUGCGAUCUGUUGUAUUAAAGUCAGGUAUUUAGUCGCACAGGUUGGUUUUGAGCUUUGGCCAAUAGAGUGCAGUAGGUAUAAAUUCUUUAAUUUCUGUAAAAAUCGGUUGAUAAAUAUGUUAUCUUCCUGAACCUUUAACACAAUUGGGAAGGUUUAAAUACAAAGCAUUGUUUUAAAGCACUGUAAUGAACACUAUUCAUGAACACUGGUGACGCCCGUUGCAAUAAAAGAAACUUAAUUUUAUCGUCUAUACCGCUUUAUCCUGCAUACAGGGUCAUAGGGGGCCUGGAGGCUAUCCCACGAGGCGGGGUAUGCCUUGGGCAGGGUGCUAGUCCAUUGUAGGGUGCCAGUCCAUCGCAGGGGACACACACUCAAUUAUUUAGACAUUUUGGGCAAUGUGGUAACAAAAGGUUAGCCUAAUCUACACACAGACCUAAGGUGGGAUUCGAACCCAGACGCUGGAGGUGCAAGGUGACAGUGCUAACUACUAAACUCUAACUUUUUGCUAUAAAGCCAUGCUUCUGGUAAAGUUAUGUUUAGCAAAAGCAGGGAAUUCCUGGUGUUACAAUGUGGCUGAGGAUUUCCCUCUUUCUUACAACAUCACCGAAUCCUCAUUUAAAUAUUCUAAAAAUAGGAUUUCGACAGAGUUUUCCCAAGGAAAACAAACUCGCACUGGCCAUAUCUCAGCAACCAGUCACUUGAUACAGCAAUAAACUCAAUAUCAAAAUGCGACUUAAUAACCGAUUUGCUUUGACUGGUCACGAAUCAACUGUUUGUUUCUCAUCAGUUAUUGGGAACCCUGGACCCUGGUACUUGUUCCUAGUCAUCCUCAAGCAUGAAAUUUAGCUUCACGUUUUGCAUAAUUCGGUUACAAAGCCAUUAAAAUUCACCUUCAGGUCACAGCUCAAUUUCAGAUAAGGCUGAAUUCAAAGCAGUAUUUAAAUGGAAAUUUCUGAUGGCAUGAUUCGAACUCGAAGCUGGAAUAUAUUCCCAAAGUGUUAAACAGGGUAGGGUCAAACACAUCCUCUCCAGAGAUGUUUCUCCCAUCCUCAUGGUCAGUAUGUCUCUUCAUGGUGAGAAUUUCUUUGAUCCGUGAUUACUCUUGCAAAACACCAAAUAUUUAUUUUUUUGCCAUAAAAUUAUAAUUUUAAGGUAAUUCAAACUAUUUUUAUAACCUGUACAUCCAAGGUUUUUAUUUGAGGAAAUAUGUAUGUGUGUAUUAUGUAUCCAGCAUGUGGUUCAUUAUGUGCAGUCCGUGUGUUGGAUAUGGCGCCACUUUCUGGCUGUCUUUAGUUUAGUGCAGUUCUGUCGAUCCUUAUCUCCGACUGAAUAAAGGCAUUUUCGAAGGAUCUCGACUCGAACACAUCCUGAGCUCUAGAGUCUGUGUCCAGCCAAGACAAAGCAGCUGGGCUGCAGUUUAUUUGUUAUCUUAUGAAGAGCUGAGAGAGAAUGAGAGCCCAAGUGAGCGAGAGAUGAAGAAGCACACAGUAUAAUGCUGUGUGUGUGUGUGUG